GCUACCUCGCCCGGCCUAGCGAGUGUCUCAAGAGGCCAAGCCGGAUCAUUCCCCUGCCUACUGGAGCUGUGACUGAGUCUCUAUCCUUAAUUGCUGACAGCCACCUGGCAAUGAGGCUGCUCAUUUUAUCGCUAAUUUUCACAACAUUAUGUGUGAGAUAUUCUUCACAGGAGUGUACACAUGGCUAUGUGGGGAUUACGCCGCAAGCACACGGUCUUGUGGAAGUUUGCAUAAAUGGAACCCUAGGCAGGAUCUGCAGUGAUUUCUGGGAUGGCAAUGAUGCCAGUGUUAUUUGCAGGCAACUGGGAUAUUCUCCAUAUGGAGCCAUUGCCUUUUCGUAUGAUUCCACUUGGCAACAGGUGGUUGUUGAUUUAAACUGUACUGGAAAUGAAAACGAGUUUCUCGACUGUCCUUAUAAUAGUUUGACUGAUUACAAUUGCCCAAGUAAUCAUGAUGCAUCAGUAAUUUGCCAAGGCUCUAACACUCCAAUGUCCAAUUGUGAAGAUGGUGAUGUCAGGCUAGAAGAUGGUCAGACUAAGUAUGAAGGAAGAGUUGAAAUUUGCAUCAAUAAGGCUUGGGGAACUGUUUGCUCUUAUCAACCAAAUUAUUUUUCUUUCACUACCUCAAUAUACUGGAAUUCUGUUCAGGCUAAUGUUGUAUGUAGGCAGCUGGGACACAUGGAAAUAGGCUCUGAGGUUUAUUUAAAAAACACAAGAUUUGGAGGAGGCAGUGGACCUAUAUUCUUAUCAAAACUAAGGUGCACUGGACAGGAAACUAGUCUCUUAGGCUGCCAGCAUAGUUAUUUUCAUGAUAUUCAUUAUUGUGGCCAUGAUUAUGAUGCUGGUUUAAAGUGUGAAGCUCCAUGUCAAAAUGGAACAAUACGUUUAUACAGUGAAUCUGGUAGCUACUUCAGGAGAUAUGGACGAGUUCAAGUUUGUGUCAAUAAUGCCUGGGGAACAAUUUGUGAUGACUUUUGGGAUAAUAAAGAUGCUAGUGUGGUUUGUAGAACACUUGGAUAUUCACCUUAUGGCGCUACAGCCAUUAUUAACUCCUUUACUGAAUCUGUGUGGUAUGUGCAUAUCAAUGAUCUAAACUGUACUGGGACUGAGGAAUCACUGUGGGAUUGCCCUAUGAAUGGAAUUAAUGACUAUUCUUGCAAUAAUCAAGAUGAUUCUGCUGUUAUCUGUCAAUUACCUGGUGUAAUCAAUUCCAGUUGUACCUCAGGUGAUCUCAGGCUAACUGAUGGAUCAAAUCAAUUUGAAGGAAGAGUAGAGUAUUGUGUGAAUGGAAUGUGGGGUUCAGUGUGUGAUACAAACUGGAAUAACUACAAUACUUACACUGUGUGUAGGCAGUUAGGCUAUCAAGGUGGUGAAUUUUUUAGUGAUUCUCAUUUUGGCAUUGGAAACCUUCCAAUUGUUCUCUAUUCUUUAUCUUGUCAAUACAAUUCAUUGAACUUAAGACAUUGCAUUAAGUCUAGGUAUCCAACUGGUUUCUAUUGCAAUAAUUAUCAAGAAGUUGGUGUGGCAUGUGAAGGCCCCUGUAUUGAUGGAUCACUUGAAUUAUAUUCUAGUGCAUUGAGUAAUGCUGGUAACAUUAAAGCUUGUGUAAAUGGUUCCUGGUUCAAAAUAUGUGGAAGUGGUAACACAGGAUACAAUGAACUUGCAAGUGUUAUUUGCUCUAGUCUUGGGUUCUCUCUUUAUGGUGCAAAAAGCUAUUAUGGUGUCUGGAAUGACAGAAUAUAUCCUUAUGGACUCUUUAACAUCAAAUGUUAUGGUAAUGAAUCAAGUAUUUUUCAGUGUGAACAUCAGAGACAAGGGAGUUGUCCUAUUGACAACACUCUUUCUGUAUUCUGUCAAGAAGUGGGUACAGUUGCAAGCCUUGCCAAUUAUGUUGAAGGUGAAUUUAGAUUACAUGGAGCUAAUACAAAUAACACUGGACUUCUUCAAGUAUUUACUAAUGGAGUUUGGGCUACCAUUUGUAAUAACAACUAUUAUUGGACUAUAGAAAAUACCAAUGUGUUGUGUUAUCAGCUAGGCUACACCAAAUAUGACAACAGCUUUUUAACUACUUCACAUGAUGGGAAACAGCCCACGUCAUAUGUCAGAUAUAGUUGUGGUCGUAGUGAAAGCAGGUUGAGUUCUUGUAGUUAUAAUCUUGACUCAGUUGCACAAUAUUGUUAUCAAGGAGUAUACAUCACAUGUGCUGAGCAAUGUAAAAAUGGAGCAAUUAGUCUUAGUAAUCAUUACUAUGGCAUGGUUUUCAUAUGUGUUGAAGGAGUAUGGCAUACUAUAUGUCGUCAAAAAUAUUGGCAUAAUGCUGAAGCCAGUGUAAUUUGCAGGCAACUAGGAUAUUCUCCAUAUGGUGCUAUAGCCAUUCGUUUUAAUUGGUACUAUAACAGGAAUUAUCCCACUUUGAUUGGUUUUGAUUGUACAGGAACCGAAAGUCACCUUUUGGACUGUCCAGCUCAUACUUCUUCUUAUUAUUCCUGCACACCUUAUAGUACAAAUGAUGCUAAUGUCAUAUGUCCAGUUCAUGGCUCUACUUACUCCAAUUGUUCUGAUUAUGCUGUUCGAUUAGUUGGUGGUAGAACUCCAAAUGAAGGUCGAGUAGAAGUUUGUAUCAAUAAUGCCUGGGGGACUGUAAAUUACUUUCAUAGAGGAUAUGAAGCUAGAACAAUAUGUAAUCAGCUUGGAUAUUUGAGAACAGGUGCAAUGAGUUUCAGUGGGUCAUAUUUUGGUGAAGGAACUGGUCCAGUACUACUCACUUAUCUUUCUUGUGAAUCACAUGACAGCUCCUGGUUUUAUUGUGAUUAUGAUUAUAAUGAAAGACCCACUUAUCGUAAUCAUAAUAAUGACAUGGGAGUUCGGUGUCAAGUUUAUCAACCUUGUGAAAAUGGUGCUAUUAAGAUAGUCUAUAGUUCAAAUCCUUUAAAGGGUCAAGCGCAAGUCUGUGUCGAUGGUACAUGGGGUUCAAUAUGUGAUAGAAAGUGGGAUAACACUGAUGCUAGUGUUUUUUGUAGACAACUUGGAUUUCCUGCAGAAGGAGCAACUGCACGUGAAGGUUAUUAUGACAUCCCCCCAUUUCAUAUCUAUGAUUUAAACUGCAAUGGUACUGAAGGAAGUAUAUGGAAUUGUUCAUAUAAUACAGAAUUAACCUUUUGUUGGCAUUAUGAAGGAGCUGGGGUUCACUGUCAAGAACCUGACAAUGCAGACAACUGCACAAAUGGUGAUGUAAGACUAGUAGGAGGUCAGUCACAGUAUGAAGGUCAUGUAGAAAUUUGUUUUAAUGGUGCCUGGGGAAGUGUUUGUACCAAUGGUUGGGAUCAACCAGAUGCAGCUGUUGCUUGUAGACAAUUAGGGCAUACUGGCAUUGGUGCUGUUACUGCCUCAUUUGGCAUUGGACUUGGUCCUGAGCACUUUUCGUCCUUUUCUUGUAUUGGAAAUGAAACAAAAUUACUGGACUGCAUGCAUGACACCUCUACUUGUGCUUCUCGUGCUGGUGUUAGAUGUUUAGCCCCUUGUACAAAUGGAGACAUUCAACUCAGAGGUGAUUUGAGGUAUAAUAUGUUUGGUCGCAUUGAAAUAUGUCUAAAUGAAACCUGGGGUACUAUUUGUGAUGACAAUUGGGAUGACAAUGAUGCUAGUGUUUUAUGCAGGCAGUUGGGAUUUUCUUAUUAUGGUGCAAUAUCCAAAACAUCGUUUUAUAACGAAAGUCUCUUGCCUCACACUAUAUUUGAUGUGAAUUGUGAUGGUAGUGAAUCUAGUAUAUUUGAUUGUUUGUAUAGCACUGAAGCUUCUAUCUACUCCGAGUGUAAUUUCUAUGAAGAUGCUUCUGUUAUCUGUCAAGAUAUUAAUGUGGCACAUGCUAAUUGUACUGAUUAUGAUGUUCAGUUGGUUGGAGGUACCACUGCUAAUGAAGGUAAAGUUCUGAUGUGUCUAAAUGGAGUGUGGGGAACUUUGUGUGAUCAAACGUUUAAUUCUACUGAUGCUGAGAUAGUCUGCUAUCAGGCUGGGUAUUCUGGAGGAGGGUCUCUCUAUAGCCACUAUUUCUCUAACUCGUCCAAUGAUGUCUUGUUAGUGACUGAUAUUGAAUGUUCUGUUAAUGACACCAGCAUUGAAGACUGCUCAAUUAGUCAUUAUACAAAACCAUCUUCAUGUGAUGUACUAAGUAUUGUGGCUGUGAGGUGCCACAAUUGCACUGAUGGAGAUAUAAGACUUAUUCCACAUUCCACUAAUAGCAAUGACAUUGGACAUAUUGAAGUAUGCUCUGGUAAUACUUGGAGUAGCAUUUGCAGUGACUUCUUCAAUGAUAGUGAUGCUGAAGUUGCUUGUAGGCAGUUAGGAUACUUGUCACAAGGAUCAGUCAGAGUGGAUAGCAUUAGAAGUAGAAAUCUUCCAAUACUUAUUAAUGAUUUAAAUUGUAUUGGGAAUGAAUCAGUAAUACGAGAAUGCCGCAGUAAUAGCUUGUUUAAGUAUAACUGUGAUCCUAGUCACAGCACAUCUAUUUCAUGCAACAAUAUACCAGUAGAAUUCUCCAAUUGUACUGAUGGUGAUUUACGAUUAUCUAAUGGUAGUGCUGUUUUGAAAGGACGAGUGGAAAUAUGCUACAGUAAUAUUUGGUAUGGAGUUUGUGCAGACAAUUACAAUAGUAACUAUUUUGCUUCAACUAUUUGCAAAGAGCUGAAUUUUUCAUUAUAUGAUGCAGUUGGUUAUUUGGAUACAUUUACUGUAUAUGAUACACUUCCACUAGUUCCAUAUGAGUUUGGCUGUAGUGAAAGUUCAGAAGCACUGUGGGACUGUGUGAAGUCUGUUAUUGACUGCUCUAAUGGAAUGUUUAGAUAUGCUGGAGUGACUUGCCAAGCAAAAUGUGAUAAUGGUGAUUUGCGUUUGAAUGGCUCUUCUUAUGAUAAUAUUGGUGCUGUGCAAGUGUGCAUAGACGGAGAAUGGAGCUCCAUUUGUGGGGCUAGUUUUGAUAGAGCUGAUUUGACUGUAGUUUGUAUGCAGUUAGGAUUUUUUGUUAAUGGUGCUGUUAUUCUUCCUGCAACAAAUUACCAAUAUUCACGUUCUUUGCAAAUUAAUGAUUUAAAUUGUAAUGGUUAUGAAACAAGCAUAUGGAAUUGCUCUUUUACAGCUCCUACUACACAAAGCUGUUGGAAUGCUGCCAUCAUUUGCCAAAAUCACAAUCAAAGUGCUGACUUAAACUGUACUGAUGGAAGUGUUCGAUUGGUAGGUGGGAUUAAUGAGUUUGAAGGAAGUGUAGAAAUUUGUUACAACAAUUUCUGGGGGUCAGUUUGUCAUGAUUCCUGGUCUAAUAAUGAUGCUAUAGUUGUCUGCAGACAACUUGGACAUAGAGAAACAGGAGUCACUAUUGUUACUGACAGUUAUUUUGGCCAUAGUGAUACUCCUCACAUAAUAAAUGAUCUAAAAUGUGUUGAUAUCACUGUUGAAUCAUUAUUGGCAUGCACCAGCUAUAAUACUCUCACUGCUGUGACAAAGUGUGGUGAUGGAAAUGUAGCUGGUGUAGUAUGUUUAGAAAGGUGUAACAAUGGUGACGUAAGGCUAGCUGGUGCAUCAAGUAAGACUGCUGGUCGUGUAGAGUUGUGUGUUGAAACAGUUUGGACGUCACUGUGUGACCAGAAUUGGGAUUUAAGUGAUGCAAUGGUAGCUUGUAGACAAAUAGGAUACUCUCCUUAUGGUGCUAUGCCAACUUAUGGUUGUUAUACUGAGGGACAACUUUCAUUUGGUAUUACAAAUUUAAACUGUACUGGUUUAGAACAGAGCCUAUUUAACUGUUCACAUAGUAAUCCAUCACUGCACAACUGUGCCUCAUAUAAUGAUGCUGGGUUGCUUUGUCAAGAGUUUGUUGAACAAACCAAUUGUACCAAUGGUGAGGUAAGACUUGUCGAUGGUAAUGAUCUACAUGAAGGAAGAGUUGAGGUGUGUAUUAAUGAGGCAUGGGGAGCUGUUUGUUCGUAUUACUGGGAUAUUUCAGACAGUAAUGUUAUCUGUAAACAGCUAGGCUAUCUUCCACUUGGAGCAAGAGUCAAAAACUUUGGUCCUGGAACUGCCCCUAUACUAAUGUCUCAUCUUCAAUGUAGUGGCUCUGAAGAAUCCAUACUUCAGUGCAAUCAGAGAGCAUGUCAUGCCACUGGUUGUUUUCACAGUAGUCGUGCUGGUGUGAUUUGUGAAUCUGCAUGCACUAAUGAAUCUAUAAGACUUGGAGACAAAGCCGAAUUAAGAGGAAGAGUUGAAGUGUGUUACAAUGGCUCUUGGGUCACUAUUUGCUCUCAUAGUUGGACAGUACAGGAAGCUACUGUAAUAUGUUCUCAGUUAGGAUAUUCACAUUAUGGUUCCAUUGCAAUACCCAAUGAUUAUAUCAACUAUGAGUGGCCGAUGGGUAUAUUUGAAUUGCAGUGUGUUGGUAACGAGAGUUCACUAUGGGACUGCCAAUAUAGUACAACUUACAGUGGAGAAGGUUGUACAGAUAGGAAUGAUGCAGCAGUAUUUUGUAUGCGUAAUACUACUCAAUAUGAUAAUUGUACUGAUGGUGAUGUUAGACUAGUUGGAGGAAAUACAAAUAAUGAAGGGAAUGUACAAAUAUGCUAUAGAAAUACUUGGGGCUCCAUAUGCGAUGACUACUGGGAUAGUAAUGAUGGGAAUGUUUUAUGCAAUCAAUUAGGGCUCCAACCUUAUGGGUCUCAAGUAUAUAGAAAUAAUUUUUUUGGAGUUUCUGAGAGUCCAUUCUUUGUUUAUGGGUUGUUUUAUUGCUCUGGAUCAGAAGAAACUCUCCUGGAUUGCCAGAGAUCAUCUGUUAACCACCUGCUAAAUUGUAUUUCUACUGAAUUAGCUGGAGUCAAGUGUAUAGGUUUAUGUACUGAUGGAAGUGUUCGCAUUCGAGGUAGACCAGGUAUUGGACGUGUUGAAGUUUGUGUCAAUGAAACUUGGGCAACAGUGUGUGAUAAUAAGUGGGACAACAAUGAUGCAGCUGUUGUUUGUCGUCAAACAGGAUAUUCUUCUUAUGGAGCAAUGGCUGCUUAUGGUCGAUUUGUGACAGUGUCUUAUCCCUUUCUUAUGCGUGUCUAUGGGGUCAAUUGUACUGGUAGUGAAGGAAAUUUGUUUAGCUGCCCACUUCAUUUGACACCAUAUGAAGUAUCUUAUCCGCAUUGUGCUCAGAAUGAAGCUGGUGUAAUAUGUCAAGGGUUACACAUACCUUUCUCCAAUUGCUCAACUGGUCAAUUGAGACUGAGAGGUGGAUCAACAUCAAAUCAAGGAAGUGUUGAGAUCUGUAUCAAUAAUGCAUGGGGUAGUGUCUGCGAUGAUGGCUGGGGAGUAUUUGAUAGCAAUGUUGCCUGCAAGCAGCUGGGAUAUCAACGAGUUGGUUCCAAGCCAAGGUAUUGGUCUUACUAUGGUACAAGUAGCUUGCCAAUUAUGGUAGCCAAUUUAGACUGUACUGGAAGGGAAGAAACUUUGCUAGAUUGUCGUAGACCAAAUAGUUAUGGAAUUUUAAGAUGUUACAGAUAUGAACUUGCAGGUGUUGAAUGUGAAGUAUUAUGCACUGAUGGGCAAGUGAGAAUAGUAGGUAGUUCAAAUCCUUCUUUUGGACGUGUUGAAGUCUGUGUCAAUCAAACUUGGGGAACAAUUUGUGACCGUGCAUGGAAUGAUAAUGCUGCUUCUGUCAUUUGCAAACAGCAAGGGUUUUCUUCGUAUGGUGCUAUUGCUGCUAAAAAUGGAUACAGUCAUUCACUAUUGCCAACAAACAUAGAAUCUGUCAUUUGUAAUGGAACAGAAGAUUCCAUUAUGGAUUGCAUUAUUGAAUAUGGUGGAGACAAUUCAAAUUGUGAUAGUACUGCUGAUGCUGGAGUCAUUUGUCAAGAUGUUAGUAUACAUGUCAGUAACUGUGAACAUGGUUCUUUAAGAUUAGUAAAUGGUCCUACACAAUCAGAAGGAAGGGUUGAAGUAUGCAUAAAUGGAGUGUGGGGAAGUGUUUGUGAUGAUAGUUGGGGUACUAAUGAUGCCAACGUUGUCUGUAAACAGCUGGGAUAUUAUCCUUCAGAAGCCACUGCUCGAUAUGGUGCUUUUUAUGGAUCAGGGCCUGGUCCUAUAUUUUUAUCAAAUCUUUGGUGCAAUGGAAAUGAAAUGUCUGUACUGGAGUGUAAUAGGGACAUGUAUAGUGUCAGAUCCUGUUAUCAUUAUGAAGAUGCUGGAGUAAAGUGUAUAGGUUCUUUUCCUGUUCAUCUUAGCCGGUCAGUUGGUAGUGUGCUGGGAGGAGAAAUAGUUAUUAUUACUGGACCAGUUUUUAUGGCUGAUGAUGAAAUUAACUGUACGUUUGGUCACAUUGAGAUUCCUGGGGCCUAUCUAUCCGAAGAACAGUGUUUUUGUGUUACACCAUUUGGUGCUAAUGAUGGAAUUGUUGAUUUUACUGUUAAAAUAAAGCGGGGAACAACAGCUCGAACAGGAAAAACAAAAUUCAGAUAUGUUCUCCCUUUUCUAUUGGAAGAUACAAUGUCUGAUAUUGAUGUUAUAAGCAAUGAUGGUUACUAUAUUGGAACAGAGGAUGCAGUUAAUGUAACAUGGAAUGAAUCAGCUCUUACAGAAGGAUUGCUUCAUAGUUACAAUGUUACGGUAAACAUAACCAUGAUACUAUAUAAUACUGAUUUACAUCAAUGGGAGAGCCCAAAAACAUUAGCAUCAGAUGUUCCAGCUAGUGAUGAAAGAGCUGAAGUUAUUAUUCCUGACUAUCCUGAGAUUAAUGACACAUCUCUUCGCUUAUCACAAAUAAGAGUUACUAUCAGCAAUUUCACUUUGUCAAGCAAAAUUCAGAAGAGAGUUCCAAUUCUUCCUAUAGCAUUUAUAGCAGCUCGUACUUUAUUUCGUCGUGGUGCAAAAGCAGCUCUUCGCUAUUUAUAUAGAAAAGUCAAGAAAAUAAUUAAAGACAAAAUUAAAGAAGAAAUUGAAGAGGUUGCGAGGUCACUUAAACUUCGUGCAGGAUGUGAAUUAUGGCAUAAAUUUGAUGGUGGUAUAAACACUGAGGCACUACCACCGUGCCCUUGUAAUAAGAAUCAAGCCACAGUAGAUGACAGAUAUGCUGAAGAAAAAAAUUGGGAAGAUUAUAUAAGGGAAGAAUAUUUCGAUAGAAAAGCAGCAACUAAUGGUUGUUAUAGACAAAGUAAUGUUAGUUUUUUUGGCCCAAGCCAGCAAUGCUGUUAUGGUGAUGAUGGAAACAUUUUAACUGGUACUGAUGGUGGGUCAGCAUAUAGUGUUUAUCCUAGCAACUUAUUGGCCCUUGCAGGUCAUGUAGUUCAAGAUCUUGCUCCUCGUCAUUUAUGUUGUGCUGGAAAGUAUUUUUCUGGCUGUCAGAGUCGCUAUUAUGACAAAAGGCCAAAUGAUAAUUGUUCAAGUUACCCUGAACGACCAUUGCCAGCUCGUACAUUUGGUGAUCCUCACUUAGUGUCUUUAGAUGGGACUCAAUAUACAUUCAAUGGACAUGGUGAAUUUAUCCUAGUGAAAUCAAUGGAUGAAUUACUAAUGAUACAAGCAAGAAUGACAGAACCCUUUAGUAAUGAUACCAACCAGACUAGUGGAACAGUUAUUACUGCAAUAGUAGCUAAGCACAAUGAUUCAGAUACUGUCCAGUUUGAAAUAAGUAAUAAUAACUUAAAGGUACUAGUGAAUGGGGACAUGAUUAAUUUUAAGGGACUCUCUGAACAACGAUUUAAGCAUUUAACUGUGUCACAAAAGGGCAAUCAAUCAUACACUGUGACAAUAUAUCCUGGAAUAACAAUAAAUUUGAAAGGGAAUGACAUUAUGUUGUAUGAUAUAUCUGUAUCUCUAUCUAAUCUUUACCUACAUAACACAGCUGGCUUGCUUGGUUAUUAUAAUGGUAAACCAGAAGAUGAUCUGUUGUCAAAAUCUAGCAAUACCAUUCCUUCUAAUGCCAGCAAUGAGGUGAUACAUAGUCAGUUUGGACUAACUUGGAUUAUUACCAAUCCACUGGACAGCCUGUUCACUUACAAUGCAGGAGGGAGUUGGAAUGUGUUUUAUAGACCAGAAUAUGAACCUGCUUUUACUGCAAUAUUCAAUGAUUCAAUACUUGAAAAGAAUGCCAGAAAAAUGUGUGGUGAGGACUGGCUUUGUAUAUUUGAUAUUGCUGCCACUGGCAAUAUAAAUAUUGGACGAAACACUAAACAAACUCGUGAAGAAGUUAAUCAAGUCAAUAAACUGCUUAAACCUGUUUUUUGUAAUCGUCCUUGUGUUCAUGGAGCAUGUGUAAGCAACAAUUCCUGUGUAUGUGCUAGUGGGUACAAUGGAAUUACUUGUAACGAAACUGUGUAUGAAGAUUGUGAAGUGAACUUCUGCCUAAAUGGUGCUACCUGUCAAAUAGCUGCAGGAGAAUACUUGUGCAUAUGUUCAGCAAGGUUCACUGGAACUAACUGCAGCACUGAGAUUAUUGAUGAUUCUACAAUUUCUACCAGUACCUCAGUGACAUCACCAAUGCCAACUGAUGCUAACAAAGACCAAAGUGACAAGUCCAUUGUUAUUGUGGGAUCUUUUGUUGGUAUCAUAAUUUUUGCUUUUGUAAUUAUCAUUGGAAUUAUUACUACUACCUGCCUUAUAAGAAAAAAAACAGAGAAGAAGAAGGGUCUUGAUGUUAACAUUGCAUUUGUUAAUAAAAGAAACUUUGAUGGGCAUGAAAAAUAUGAAAUUAAUUGAACUACUUUAGAGUUUGAUGUGUGAAUUUUAAUACUUUUUUUAGCUAUCAAUAAUUAUUAGUUAUUAGAUUCUUAUUAUUAUUAAUUUUACUAUUAUACUACUAUCAUUAUUAUUACCGCUAAGUUAAAAAAGUGUGUAUAGU